UACUGACUUGCCUAGUUAAAUAAAGGUAAAAUAUAGAUAUUUUUAAAUAACUAAAUCCCCAACCUGGUUCCAUUCCAUCAUGGCCAUCUAAUCACCUCCCUCAUUCCUAAUUGGUAUAAUAUAACUCACCUCUCCACCUGAUUGGGGUGAGCGUUCUGGCACAAAAAUGAUCGCCAUGCAUCACCCUGGUGGGUGCUGCACAUUGGUGGUGGAUGAGAUGAGUUUGCCCUUUACUAUGUAAAGCGCUUUGAGUAACCGUAGAAACGCGCUAUAUAAAUACACUCAAUUAUUAUGUUUGUUACAAUUAUCACAGGACAAAAAAUGCUACUGAAUGUUGUGUACAUUUGUUGAAUAGCAUCCAAGCUUGCCUCCCAUUGGAUAGAAUUAGAGCAAUUGGUCAUCGAUUUUCGUGAUGUCAGUAGGUACUGCUUUUUUACCGUGGCAAUUAAUGAGAUUGGGCAAUGCAUUUUGUCAUUGGACUGGGCAUCAGCGUGUCGAAACAACUAGCAAGAUCAGGCAACUCGGGAACACCGACGACUAAGGAACGUGAAUACUUUUUUACAUUGGAAAAAGGGAUCAGAUGAAUGAGUCACUCCAAGGGACUCUAGAGAGGAACGUUGUCCUCCACCGCCGGCCCCCGUCUCCCUCACCCUGCUCAGGCUCCCCUCUACAGACAUCAUCAAAUGAGCUUUAUCUGAAUGCCACUUUCUAUGGGUUUGGAUUCAGUACAGCAGCCAGCAGUGAAGAGAGCCAAUCUCUUACAAAGCCUCAUUUUGCCACGGAACCUUAUGAAUUGCUUUCAAAAGUGCCUCGAAAGAACUAAAGAAAACCAGGAUUUUUCCUUCAUGUAUAGUGCUGCUGUUUUGAGAGUAUUCCUCUGAUUGACCAUAAAGGGAAGGACAGUUGCAUCAGAGCAGACAGGACCGUAAACUACAUUAACGCUUUAGGGGAGCAGUCAUAACUUCUCUCUCCAUACGAGCCGACGACCAUGGUCCCCCAGAAGGCUGACUUGACUGUUUUGCCAUGUCAGGAUGUGGUGGAGAUGCCAGUGACGAAGCAGAGCAGUGAGAGGGAUGAGGAGAGUCCUGAUGGGUCUCUGGGUGAGGGUGCUGGGGGGGAACGGAUUCCCCUGCGCAAGUGGGUCAUGCAUGGUGCUGUCAUGUUCGGACGAGAGUUCUGCUACGCCAUGGAGACAGCCCUGGUCACACCAGUCUUACUGCAAAUAGGACUUCCAGAGCAGUACUACAGCCUGACGUGGUUUCUGAGCCCCAUCCUGGGCCUGAUCCUCACCCCUCUCAUUGGCUCAGCCAGCGACCGCUGCACCCUGAAAUGGGGCCGCAGGAGACCCUUCAUCCUGGCACUCUGUGUGGGGGUGUUACUGGGAGUUUCUCUCUUCCUCAAUGGGUCCCUCCUAGGAUUAGCCCUCGGGGACGUUCCCAGCAGUCAGCCCAUUGGGAUAGUGCUGACGGUGCUGGGCGUGGUUCUACUGGACUUCAGUGCAGACGCCUCAGAUGGGCCUAUCAGAGCCUACCUGUUGGAUGUAGCCGACACAGAGGAGCAGGACAUGGCCCUCAACAUACAUGCUUUCUCUGCAGGGCUGGGAGGAGCGGUUGGCUACGUGCUGGGUGGCCUGGACUGGACCAGCACCAUCCUGGGCACGGCCUUCAAGUCCCAGGAGCAGAUCCUGUUUGUGUUUGCUGCCGUCAUCUUCACCAUAUCUGUGAUUCUACACAUGUUCAGUAUCAAGGAGGAGAGUUUUGAGGCUCGUGGUGACACUCUGGGAGACUCCGACUCUGACAGCCUGUCCUCCUCAGAGAAACUGAAGGGGGGCUUGGCGGGGCCUCGUAGUGUACCUCAGCUGGACGUUAUAGGAGAGGAGGACGCCCAGUCAGAGAGGGAGCUCUUCAUCAACGUGGACAGGGUGAGGAGUAAGAGCGACUCGGUGCUGGCCAUGCCUGACGCCACCAUCGAGCUGGACUCAGACCUGGACCAGGACGGUCAUUUCCUGGCCGACAUUGAGCCCUCCAUCUUUCAGGACAACCCCCAAGAUUUGUACCCUGGCACCCCUCAGAGACACUACAGUGGAUGGGGCAUCCAGGACCUGGAAGGCCCCCAGGCCGAGGCUCAGGCAGACAGCCAGCUGCCCCUCUUCCACCAGGACCCCUCCCCCUACUACAGCAGGGAGCACAUGUUGUUCAACAACCAGACCAACCAGGGAGCCAAGUGCCUCAAUGGGGCCUCAGCGGCCCCGGCGGUCCCCUCCAACCACACAGCCCGCGGGGCCAACAGCCAGGGCCGUAUGCCAGGCCUGAGGCCGUCCAACACCAGCACCACUACCGGGGCACGCCGCUUCCCCUUCUACCGCCAGCCAUCAUUUACAUUCUCUUACUAUGGCCGCGUGGGUUCAGCACGAUACCGCCACCGCAGAAACACCAUGGGCAAUCCGGCCGGCGCCAACCUCCGCAUCAAGACCUCGCAGAGCAUGAACGACAUCUACGAGCACAUGCAGCGGCGGCAGCAGAGGAGGGAGCUCCAGCAGAGCAGCACCACACUGUCCAGCGGGGACUCUGAGACGGACGACGGAGACCAGGGGGGCACCACGGUCAAGCUGCUGUGGCUGUCCAUGCUGAAGAUGCCCCCCCAGCUGCUGAGGCUCUGCGUCUGUCAUCUCCUCACCUGGUUCUCCAUCAUCGCUGAGGCAGUCUUCUACACAGACUUCAUGGGACAGGUCAUCUAUGCUGGACACCCCACAGCUCCUGCUAACUCCACUGAACUCCUACAGAAAUACCAUAAAGGGGUUCAGAUGGGCUGCUGGGGACUGGUUGUCUAUGCUGCUACCGCUGCAGUCUGCUCAGCUGUGCUCCAGAAGUACCUGGACAACUACGACCUGAGCAUUAAGGUGAUCUACAUCCUGGGUACUCUGAGCUUCUCCCUGGGAACUGCAGUCAUGGCGAUCUUCCCUAACGUCUACGUUGCCAUGGUGAUGAUCAGCACCAUGGGCAUCAUCUCCAUGAGUAUCUCCUACUGCCCAUAUGCUCUGCUGGGCCAGUACCACGAGAACAAGGAGUACAUCCACCACAGUCCGGGGAAGUCGCGACGAGGCUUCGGCAUCGACUGUGCCAUACUGUCGUGCCAGGUGUACAUUGCCCAGAUCCUGGUGGCGUCUGCACUGAGCACGGUGGUGGACGCGGUGGGCAGCGUGCGGGUCAUCCCAAUGAUGGCCUCUGGAGGCUCCUUCCUGGGCUUCCUCACCUCCACCUUCCUGGUCAUCUACCCAGACUCCUCCACUCCCACCACUACGCAGGACCAGGAGGGGUAUGGAGAGGAGGGGGCUCCGGCCCUGGUGGCCCCAGAACCAGGCCCCAGUGGUAGCAGUAUGCAGGAGCCAGUAGUCCUUCUCAAAACGUCUCCUAAGGGCAGCAGCAGCACGGCACACUACGAGUCCACUAUUUAACAAAGAAGAAGAGGGACCAGGAUAAAAUACUGGUGGCAUCACAAUAGUCAUAGUGUCUUCCUCUCUUUGUCUCCUUUCUUUAAUCUGCACAGACAGUGACCAAACCUUAACACUCACUAGGCACAUGAGUUCCAGUGGGAUGGACUGUUCCAAUGAACACGUUGUGUAUUUCUUAACAUAUGGCUGUUUUUCUUUUCCUCCUGGGGUUCAAAUGUUUGUGGUUUCACUGAUUACGUCCCAAAUAGCACCCUACUCCCUUCAUAGUGCACUUUUUACCUGGGUCCAUAAGGCUCUGGUCAAAUGUAGUGCACUAAAUAGGGAAUAGGGUGCCAUUUGGGACUCAUUCACAGUUUGAAAGGCCUGCAGGCCUUAUCAGAAGGAUUAUCCACAAUAUCAGGAGUAUCCACCUCAUACACAGGAUCUAAUGCUGGACUCUCUUUUUUACUCAUGGGAUCUAAUGCUGGACUCUUUUUCUUAAACGUGACUGGGACUUUUUCUGUAGAUGGUUGUUUAGACUGCACAUGAAUAUUUUCACUCCAUUUCUAAAUUGAAAACAUUUUUUAUUGUGAUUGUACAAAAUGGUUUGAGUGACCGAUCAACUUUUUUAGAUCAGACUUAGUUUCCCCACAGACAGAAUGAUAUAGGAGUAUAGGAGUGGCUCUGUUACUGUGACCUAACUAAAGAUGCUGCAGCCACAGAGGAUCCAGUUCAGAACAGUAUGGGAGUCCCUAUGUUACUGUGACCUCACUAAAUAUGCUGCAGCCACAGAGGAUCCAGUUCAGAACAGUAUGGGAGUCCCUAUGUUACUGUGACCUCACUAAAGAUGCUGCAGUCACAGAGGAUCCAGUUCAGAACAGUAUAGGAGUCGCUCUGUUACUGUGACCUCACUAAAGAUGCUGCAGCCACAGAGGAUCCAGUUCAGAACAGUAUAGGAGUCUCUCUGUUACUGUGACCUCACUAAAGAUGCUGCAGCCACAGAGGAUCCAGUUCAGAACAGUAUGGGAGUCCCUAUGUUACUGUGACCUCACUAAAGAUGCUGCAGUCACAGAGGAUCCAGUUCAGAACUUUAUAGGAGUCGCUCUGUUACUGUGACCUCACUAAAGAUGCUGCAGUCACAGAGGAUCCAGUUCAGAACAAUAUAGGAGUCGCUCUGUUACUGUGACCUAACUAAAGAUGCUGCAGUCACAGAGGAUCCAGUUCAGAACUCUAUAGGAGUCGCUCUGUUACUGUGACCUCACUAAAGAUGCUGCAGUCACAGAGGAUCCAGUUCAGAACAAUAUAGGAGUCGCUCUGUUACUGUGACCUAACUAAAGAUGCUGCAGUCACAGAGGAUCCAGUUCAGAACUUUAUAGGAGUCGCUCUGUUACUGUGAUCUCACUAAAGAUUCUGCAGCCAUCGAAGAUCCAGUUUAGAACAGUAUAGGAUUCACGGUUACUGUGACCUCACUAAGGGGCGGCAGGGUAGCCUAGUGGUUAGAGCGUUGGACUAGUAACCGAAAGGUUGCAAGUUCAAAUCCCUGAGCUGAGAAGGUACUAAUAUGUCGUUCUGGCCCUGAACAACCAGUCGGUCAGAACAAUAUAGGAGUCGGUCUCUUUUACUGUGACCUCACUAUGCCACAGAGGAUCCAGUUCAGAACAAUAUAGGAGUCGGUCUCUUACUGUGACCUCACUAUGCCACAGAGGAUCCAGUUCAGAACAAUAUAGGAGUCGGUCUCUUUUACUGUGACCUCACUAUGCCACAGAGGAUCCAGUUCAGAACAAUAUAGGAGUCGGUCUCUUUUACUGUGACCUCACUAUGCCACAGAGGAUCCAGUUCAGAACAAUAUAGGAGUCGGUCUCUUUUACUGUGACCUCACUAUGCCACAGAGGAUCCAGUUCAGAACAAUAUAGGAGUCGGUCUCUUACUGUGACCUCACUAUGCCACAGAGGAUCCAGUUCAGGGUCAGUCAGUUACAUUCCCUAUUAUAAACACCAUCCACUAACUCUCUUCAGUCUAUUGACAUGUAUAUCAUGAAAACAGGGCUAUUAUACAGCACAGAUGAUAUGAUGUCCAGGUUACACCAAAAGUCCAAAGAACCAUUCAGGAUGUUCCUUUUUGUAGCUCACAUUUGCCAUUUACUGGGUUGAGUGACCUAUAGCCUACUGUUUACAUGGCAGAGUUGGAUAAAUGUUAUCAGCCUUAAGAUGAUCAAAUGCUGAAGUGAUGAUGCUUACAUUCUAACACAUAUCAAUAUUUUAAAAAGGGAACAUGUUGUCAACCUCUAUUAUAGUAUGCUGCAUGGAAGAAUACUAGAUUUCAUACUACAACUAGUCAUUACAAAUGGUCUAUGAUCAUAAGAUGCCUUUGGGCCCAUACAGCAUUGAAGAAACCCUACACUGGGGCAGCAGGUUAGCCUAGUGGUUAGAGUGUUGGACUAGUAACCGGAAGGUUGCAAGUUCAAACCCCUGAGCUGUCGUUCUGCCCCUGAACAGGCAGUUAUAACCCACUGUUCCUAGGCCAUCAUUGAAAAUAAGAAUUUGUUCUUAACUGACUUGCCCAGUUAAAUAAAGGUAAAAUAAACACUGUACUGUGCUACAGUAAGUAGCCCUCUGUUGUUCUGAACCAUCUGUUCCACAGGGUAAAGCACAAGAAAGGAUAUUGGUCUGUAUGUUUUUACAUAUAACAACUGCAAAAGCUGCACUAUAAAUUUUAAGAACUUUAAGAGA